AUCACCUGUUUAUAGGGAACCGUGAAUAACAGUUUUUUAAUAGCCGGAUGCACAUGCGAUUCGAGCUGUGUAUCAGCGCCCUUUAAACCCUCCACGAGUGCCAAUUCGGCUUUCGGCCCGAAUGGUCAUCAGAAACUCGUAAAGUUCUAGCCCAAAUUCAAAUAAGAUGGUCCAUUAAGUGUUCUAGUUUCAGGACACACGGCAUCCUUGGUUCGAACAAGCAAAACGCCGAUCAUAAAACUAGGACUAGGAUAUGAAAUCACUGGUGGCCAAACAGGCCGAAGCAUUUAGCAGAAAACGUCGUUCUCUCUACUGGACAGAGAGAUGAAGAAAGCCACAGCAACAACUCUACUUCUUUUAUUGAUUUCAAAUUUCCUGCAGCAAACGUUAUCUAAGGAAUUUGGAGAACACGCAGAUGAAAGAACUAUUAAGCAAGAAAACCAUGCACAUGAAGUACAUUGCUCCAGAGAAAGAAGCAGGGCUGCCUGGCAAGUUAUAGAUGAGUAUUUGAUGCCAUUUGUGGAACGGGAAAAGUACCAGAUUUCACGGAAGUGUAGACUUCAUCCCGACAAUGAUCUGUUCAGGGACCAAGAGCAGCAUAAGGUUCACCUAGACAUAACUGAGUGGAAGUGUGGAUAUUGUAAAAAGAGCUUUCGCGCUGAGAAAUACCUUGAUCAGCAUUUUGACAGCAGGCAUUACAAUCUUUUGAAUGUUAGUGAUGGCAAGUGCUUGGCUGAUUUGUGUGGGGCAUUGCAUUGUGAUUUUGUGAUAAAUUCCAAAUCACCAAAAACAAAAUGCAAUCCAGCAGCUGUUGCAAAGAAUCGCCACCUUUGUGAGAGUCUUGCAGAUAACUGCUUUCCUAUUAAUCAGGGUCCUUCAGCCAGCCGUUUGCAUGAAUUGUUUUUGCGCCAAUUCUGUGAUGCUCACACUUGUUCAGGAAAAAGAAAAUAUUUUCCAAAAGGUGGCCAGAAGCAAACGAGUGUGUUCUACCUGGCUAUUUCAAUACUGACUUUGAUGUUGCUGCCUCUUUUCUAUCUUAUUGUUUAUUUGUAUCAAAGAGAAAUGAGGCGGGGAACCCAAGAGCUGAGGCGAAUACCCAAAGUUGGCCAGAAGACAAAACCAUCGUGAUUCAGAGUCUUCUUGCAGGCAUAUUCAUAGGUGUCCACCCCCAGACCAUCAAAAAUCAUGUGCAUUAACGGAGGGCUCGGUUAAAGGUCUCAGUUGAUGAUUUCCAAUCACCUUGUAUUGGCGUUGUAUUAUCUCUAGACUCCAGUGAAAUAGCGUCCAGCUUCUUUUUCAGUCCUUGAGAUGGGAAAAUGUGAAGAUACUCCUAUACAUUUUUGUAAUAGCCUUAGCUUUUACUUUUUACAUUUCAGAUUGAUGCUACACUGGGAUUCAAGGGGGAAUAGAAAUGUCUUUCCAAAUCGAUGUAAUUUUAAUUUUAACAGUUGACAUUUCACAUUAGUUGCAAUUAUCUUGAUACAUGCUUCAA